AUGGUUACCCUCACCGAAGUCGAGGACGAGCACUUCCAGUCCAACCAGGCCGGCCCUGACGUUGACGAGGAGGACUUUACCGACACUGACUCUGAAAUCUCCAACGAGUCCGACUAUGACCCCACAAACGAGACGCUCGCCGAGCGGCUAUAUGCCCUGCGCGACAUCAUCCCCCCUACCACGAGAGGCUGGGUGUCCGGCCACGUCAGCAACAUCUCCAGCAAGGCCUGGAGCGUUCUGUCUUUCAGCGGCAAGGGCGCCUGGGUCAUCACGACCUCUGCCCUGUUCUUCGGCGUUCCCUUCGCGCUCUCCUUCGCCGAGGACCAGCAGCUCACCGCCAUGGAGCAGGAGUACAACAUGCGCCAGCAGGGCAGCGAGCUGCUCACGGCCGGAUCUGAACAGGGCACUGCCGAGAGGGUCGGCGCCGCGCUGGGUGACAACGCUGCCAAGCCUGCUCUGUAA